AUAUGAACAUUUGAGGUAGAUAAAAGCAAAUUCAUUGUUUCUAAGUGAAAAGAAAGAUUGUAGUGGGGGAUUCAUUGUUUAAGUGAACUUACUGCAUAUAUUCAAAAAGAACAAGGAAACAUUUUCAUUGUUGAAGUUUCAUUCUUGAUAACUUAAAAAAAUAGUUUUAAAUCAUUGAAAAGCGGAAUCAAUGUUUCUUUUUCUUUUAAUAAAUAUUUUACUUCUGUUGCACUUUACUGCUGCUCAGUUUCCGAUACCGGAGGGAAAAACAUGUGAUAAUUUUUGUCAGUCAACUUCUGUUAUCGACCCGGAUGAAUUGUUUACUGGAAUUUUUUACAUAACUGAAACAAUUCCUUAUUCCUUUGAUGUUGGUGCAACAUGUGGUUACUUUAACUUCAGUGAACCUGAUGGAGACAAGUAUCCAUUUCAUAAAAACUAUGACUAAGAAUGGUGAACAUCGGAUAAAUAGAGGAUCCUUAAUUGUUGACGGGGCAGAAUUUCAAGCAUCUUAUACCAUCUUGAAUCUGCCUUUUUAUGCACAAAUCUUAGCGUUAAAUUCAAAUUUGUAUGCGCAUAUUUUUUGUUAUGAGUGCGGUUUCUUUACAAAGGAAGGAGCAGGAAUUUACGUUUAUAUACUUUCAAGGCUGGCCUUUCCUGAGUGUGAAGACGUCAAUCAAUUAAUGGAUGCACUUGACGCUUGUGGUAUUCCUUCUGAUGCGUUUACAAAAAUGGAUCAAUCUAAUUGCGCGAAAUGUUAAUGGAAAUAUUUUGUGGUUUACCAGUUUAAGCGAUGUUAAAUUAACUUUUUCAAUUCAAUUAAGAAAAUAAAAUAUUUGCAUGGUUCAAUCGGUUUCACAAAUGAAACUUUUCAUACAACUUGAAAAUCAUUUUGUUUAAAAGCUUAUAGGAAAACGUGAAUUCGUGAUAAUUACAAACUUAAAUUUUGAAAUAUUCAUCUUACGUCAGUACAUUUAAGUAUCUAUUAGCAGAACUUAUUACUUAAAACUGGUGCUAUAAAUAUUGAGUAGGAACAAUCGAACUAGUUAUUCAGGGAGUUCAUUUCAUAAUCAGAGCAGUUUAUAAAUUAUACUUCAAACUCUUUCAAAAUUUAAAUAAAUGAAUUUUUUUAUUUUAAUAAAUAUUUUAUUUCUGUUGCACUUUACUGCUGCUCAGUUUCCGAUACCGGAGGGGAAAACAUGCGAUGAUUAUUGUCAGUCAACUUCUGUUUUCGACCCGAAUGAAUUGUUUGAUGGAAUUUUUUACAUAACUGAAACAAUUCCUUAUUUUUUUGAUGUUGACGUAAGAUGUGGUUACUUUAACUUCACUGAACCUGAUGGAGACAAGUAUCCAUUCAUAGAAACUAUGACUCAAAAUGGUGAAAUUCGGAUAAAUAAUGGAUCCUUAAUUGUUGACGGGGCAAAAUUUUAUGCAUCUUAUACCAACUUGAACCUGCCAUUUGAUGGACAAAUUGUAACGUUAAAUUCAAAUAUGUUUGCGACUCUUUUUUGUAAUGAGUGCGGGUUGUUCACAAAGGAAGGAGCAGGAAUUUACGGUUAUAUCUUCUCAAGGCUGGCCUUUCCAGAGUGUGAAGA